ACGAACCAAUACCCAAAAUUCUGAGCGUGGACGUACCCACAUAACAUACACGUGUCCACCUACUCUACGACUUUUUACAUUUAACCGCCGGUUACCCACCGCCGGUCAGCGCUUCUUAUAUAUCCAAGUUCAACCCCACUUGUGCCAAGUUUGGUAUUUGCCGUUUCCCCACACACACGAAAAAAAACAUCCACAAACUCCUCGAAUUCACACUUUCAUUUGGUCAAAAUUUUCUCUUUGUGUUUCGAGAAGAAGCCCUAAUUCAGUUGUUUUUCUGUGUUAUGAUCACAAAAGUUGUGGACUUUUAAAGAUGGGAGCUGAAGCUGAGGUUAUUGUACCAGUACAACAGACUAUCACCACGGUCUUAGAUGUCCCCUGCUGUUCUGAUGUGGAUUUUAAAUCCCCAGAUACUACAACUUUGCAGUUUGUUCCUAGCAUUCGUUCAGGUAGUUUUGCAGAUAUUGGCCCACGGAGGUUCAUGGAAGAUGAGCAUAUAAGGAUAGAUGAUCUUUCCGAACAUCUAGGCUCCCUAGUCAGGUUUCCUCAGCCUUGUGCCUUCUAUGGGGUAUUUGAUGGUCAUGGAGGACCUGAGGCAGCAGCUUAUGUGAGAAAACAUGUUCUCCGAUUCCUUUUUGAGGACGCCAAUUUCCCUCAGACAUCAGAAGUUGAUGAGGCAUUUUUAAAAGAGGUGGAAAACUCUCUAAGAGAAGGGUUUCUUCUUGCUGACCUUGCUUUGGCUGAUGAGUGUAAUGUGUGUAGUUCCUCUGGAACUACUGCAUUGACAGCUCUGGUAUUGGGAAGGCUUCUAAUGGUGGCAAAUGUGGGAGACUGCCGAGCAGUUCUUUGCCAUAAGGGAGAGGCGAUUAAUAUGUCUCAAGACCAUAGACCGAAUUAUGCAUCGGAGAGAAGGCGUGUCGAAGAGUUGGGCGGAUUUAUUGAUGAUGGUUAUCUCAAUGGUGUCCUAUCGGUGACUAGAGCCUUAGGGGACUGGGACAUGAAGCUGCCUCGUGGCUCUGCCUCUCCUCUGAUAGCGGAGCCUGAAUUCCGACAGAUUAUCUUGAGCGAGGAUGAUGAAUUCCUUAUAAUUGGUUGUGAUGGCAUCUGGGAUGUUAUGUCAAGUCAACAAGCGGUUAAUCUUGUACGUCGUGGUCUGAGACGGCAUGAUGAUCCUGAACAGUGUGCCAAGGAUCUUGUCAUGGAGGCCCUGCGGCUCAAUACUUUCGACAAUCUUACUGUGGUAAUUGUUUGCUUUACUUCUGUUGAUCAUUCUGAACCAUCACAGUCACGACAGAGGCGAUUAAGAUGCUGCAGCUUCUCUGCAGAAGCCUUGUGCAGCUUACAGAGUUGGUUGGACAACAGUGGAAGCCGUUGAGUUUAGAUGAUUCUGCAAGGAUAAAAGCCAACCUUUGUGGAUGUUUUUUCUUUCUUCCAUCUGUUUUUGGGUGGGUUUUCUGUACAUAUAAUUGGUUGGCAAAGAGAAUGGGCUCAGUUUGGUGCUCUUUGUUGUAUGGAACAUGUAUCUCAUUUUAUUAGCUGUAUAUAACAACUGAUUUUCAAUUUGUAUAUUCACCAUUGAAGCAUUUAAGUUGUGCUCCGUUCAACAUA